AUGUCAUCAUCAUCAUCGUCGCCGCCGCCACUGUUGCCGCUGAUAUCGUUGCUGUCGCCACAACAUCAGCAACAGCAACAACAACAGCGGUGGCACCUGCAGCGGCGGCAACAGCAGCAGCAUGAACAUCAGCGACAACAACAGCAGCAAUAUCAACAAAAUCGAGAAAAAUUAAUGAUGCCACCACCAUCAUCAUUAUCAUCAUCAUCACCGCCAUUGCUAUUGCCACUGCGACCGCAGCCGCAAUAUCCACAAUGGCAUCAACAGAAACAACAACAAUAUCAUCAGCAGCAGCAGCAGAUACAUCUUCAUAACCAACAUAACCCGCUGUAUCAACAGCAGCAACUAUAUAUGCAAUACCAGCAAAUGCAUAAGCAUCAGCAUCAUCAACAAAAUCAACAAUAUCCACAGAAACAGCAACAGCAUCUUCAUCAAAUGCCAUUGCUGUUGAACAAGUAUUCGAAAUAUCGGGAUAUUGACAUGGGGCCGUAUGGGACGGUAAUUGUGGACCUGUCCUUAAUACUCCAACCGCAACUUCAUCAAGAACGAACAGCAACAAUCCUUACCAUUCAUUGUGUCAACUGGCAUGUCACCGCCAAUAUCAUCAAUAUCAUCAUUAACAAAAUAAAACAUCAACUACAAACACAACCAUACUCGUCACAAAUGAUGAAAUUAAGCAACACCAGCAACAACAACAACAAGAACAGCAGCAGCAACAACUAA